GGUAAAUCAAGAAUAUUUGCGAGGACGAGUCAACCUCGAAGUUCUAAUACCAACAAAAUAAAUAUACGCAAUUUUAUUAUUUUAUGAUUUUAUAAUAAUACUGUAGUGUUGUUUUAUCUUCCUGGGACGCUUCACGUACCGGAUUUACCCUCGUUGAUAAAAACCAAAUGUUGAGUCAAAUUGAUGGCAAGUGAUGUAAUUUACGUACUAAUUUGGCCUCAUUAUUACCUCUAUUCACUCCCGCUCUUUCCUACAUUUUUGCUGCUGUUCAUUUAUUUUCUCCCCCAAAUUCUACUGUUCUUCUCACCAUACUCCCACCCAUCAAACCCUAGAAAGUAGAAACCCUAAUUAUCAGCUGUACUGGAAAUUAAAGUGAUAUUAAUAGCAAAAGCUGUCGCUUUUUCAAAUAGUUUGUACUGUGAAGUGUGAAUUAUCAGGUUAAAGACGGGGAAGUAUUUAUCCACUCAUUUACUUAUUCAGGUAGCUAUAUGUGUUAUGGGAAGUCAGGAGGCGACGGUAAAUCGCGGAAUUUCGAACGGGAGUGCUGUUUGGAGUGGAAAUGGCUUAGAACUAGUGCACAGUGAGAAUGGGUUGGUGCGGCUGGGUGGCCGUGAAGAGGGGAAUGUAAAUUUAGCUGAGGAGGUUUUGGAGGAUUUAGAGGAGUACUGGGAAGAUAUGAGUGAUAGAUUAAUGAUUUCACGGAUGGUUAGUGAUUCUGUUAUCAAGGGAAUGGUGACAGCUGUGGAACAAGAAGCCGAGGAAAAAAUUGCGGCCAAAGAAUUGGAAAUUGCCAAUUUGAAGGAGCGUAUGCAGUCCCGUGAGCUCGGUACUGGUAAAUAUGACGAUGCGAAUCGGAGGUUAUCUUGUUCUGGUGAUGUCUGUGUGAAACAUGAAAAAAUGAGGGAGGAUUUGCAUGCUUUAAGGAAUUUAGCAAGAGAGCAGUUCUUGAAGGCUAAGAGGGAGAUUGAGUGUGUGAGAGGAUCUAGUUCGAUCAAGAAGAUUGGUUCCAGUUCAGAGUUGCUGGGUUUGGGUGGAAUUUUGCAAGAAAAGCAAUCUGAAAGCUGGAUAAAAGUUGAUAAGAUACUGGGAUGUCUGAAGACAACAGUGGACACUGUCUGCACAAAGUUGGAUGGUAUACUGUUAUCCUCCGAGAUUUCACUUUGUGAGUUGCAAGAAAAUAUAGAUAUAUCAGCAAAACUUGAAGAUAUGGUGAUACAAAGUGUACAUGGAAAUAACUUGGAGGAGUACAAGGAGAACUUGUUGGAACAAAAUGCUCAAUUUUUUGGAGUUCAGAAUGUCAACUGGCUUGAAAAGUUCAACGAUAUUUCUAAAUUAGGUACCCAAUUGGAUGCAAUUCUGAAGUCACUAUCAGUACCUGAAACAGGGUUAGUUUCUCAUGGAUCGCAUGAUUUGGACCAUUUACACCACAAGGCCUUCAACAAUCAUGUUACUCCACCAGCCUCACAUAAAGGAGAAAAUGGGAAACUAGAUGUGUCCAAUAUUCAUGUUGCUGAGAGCUAUGAUCUUCAGCAGCUGAAACACAUGACCAGAGAAGACCUGGUCAAUUACUUCAAUAACACGAUUAUUAAGAUGAAAAGAGACCAUGAGUCAGUUGUACAACAGAAGACUGAAGAAUAUUUUCGUCUUAAAAGAGAAUACCUGAAAGAAAAGGGAUCCUUCGUGACACACAGGAAAGAUGAAGAAUUUGAUGUGGUAAGGAAGAAAAUUCCUGAAGUUAUUUCGAAAUUGGAGCACUUCCUCACAGAAAAUGAAAGAUUUCCUGCAUUAAUAAACGUUCUUGAAGGUACUGGGAAAUUGAAAGAUAGGCUAGACUGCGUUCUCUCUGAAAACCAACAACUGAGAGACUCUCUUGCAAACAAGAAAAUUGAGGUGAAAAGUCUCGAAGCGCAGGUUUCGGGUGCUGCUGCGGAAUUAUUGCAGCGGUCUUUGGCUGAGGAAAACAUGCUAAAGCUUGUGGAGAAUCUCAAGUCAGCAAUGGAACAAUCAUGUUUAGAAGCUUCACUCGGUGAAGAAAUAUAUAAAUCUGCUCUCAGAGAGCAGAUUGCACAAUCGAGGUGCGACUCUGAAGAUUCAAACAUGGAGUUUCUUAUGACUCAAGAUAUAUUUGCUACUGUUCUCCGGGGAGCUGCUUAUCAUGCUGAAACCGCCAACAAAUACGAAAUGGAAGAUUCAGAUAUUGAAUCAUUGAUAUCACAAGGAUUGAUAGAAGUAGUAUUCGCAGAAGCUAUCAAGGAUGCUGGGCAGCAAAUCAAUGAAUUGUAUCGAGAAGUUGCUGUUGAUAAAGAAAUUAGAACUUCUUUAGAGAAAAAAGUUAUUGAAAAGGAAAACGAAGUAAGACUGGAGGUUGAAGAGAAGGAGAAAUUGAAGCAGGAAAUACUGGAUUUGGGAAUAGAAAUGAAACAGAAGGAGAAAUUAGCAAUCAAUCUGACAAUUUUAUUGUCAAAAGAGAAAGAGCAGUUUGAGCUAGCUUCUCGAGAACUUAGUAGUUUAAGGGAACAUGCUAAUAGACAGGAAACAUUGGUUGCUGAGAGCAACAGGGAUUUUAAAAUUGUGAGGUCUCAAUAUUUAGAAGCAUUGGAGAAGAUAGAAGUGGAUAAAAUGGAAAUAGAUAAGCUUAACGAAAAGAUUGGUCAAACAGAAGAAGUAUUAACCGAAGCCAGCAAAGAGAGGGACAGAGCAGUUAUUCUUGCCCAAGGAAUGCGUGAUGAGUUACUAUUAUAUGAAGCUAGAGAGGAGAAGCUGAAAAAGGGAAUGGAAAUGGGGGCGAAUGGACUCUCAAAAUUGUUUAUUGAUUUUGAGCACAGAGUAUUAGGGGCACUACAAAAGAAUACUUUAAGGUUGGAAGGUACUAGUUCUCACUUGGAAGCUCUUACCAAGAAGGCUACUGUACUAAGAAGAACAGGGCAGAUGUACAAACAGAAGUUGGAACACAGAUGUGAUGAUCUCCAAAUGGCUGAGGCUGAGGUUGACCUGUUAGGGGAUGAGGUUGAUACUCUGUCGAGAUUACUCGAGAAAAUAUACAUCGGACUUGAUCAUUACUCUCCAGUUUUAAAGCAUUAUCCCGGGAUUAUUGAGAUCCUUGAGCUGGUCAGGAGGGAGUUGAGGGGAGAAUCUACUAUGAGGACGUGGUCAACUCCUACCAAGGAUGGAUCAAAUCUCUCUAAUGGGCUACGGUAGAUUCUCUGAUACGAUUAUCUUUAGAGAAAGGCUUUUUUUGGAUCAAACCGAGAACUGCACAUACUCAACCAAGGAAACAUCUACAAAGGUCUGGUUCUCAUAGGUUGUAUACUCGUUUCUCGUUAACUUUUGCUUCCAUGUACAUGACCACAUGUAAAUCUGCUGUCACAUUAGUUAGAUUUGUUUGAUGGAGGCUCGAGUAUAUAUAUAUACAUUCGUUUCCUUUUUCUUAGAAACUGAUAUAAAUUCCAACAGGGUGGCAGCUGGUCUCGUUUUGCAAUCGCUGUCUCGUUUUAAAUUAUCUGAUUGCUUUUGUAGCAAAGCUUUUUGUUCAGAAGGGGCUGCACCAUGUCCUUUUGUGUAAUUUAAGACGAUCGGUUACUCUAAUAUAAAUCGCUUAUUUUAUUUUUUUCA